AUGAUACAACAAAUAGCAUCCGGGAGCACAUCAAUGGCCGCCUGCGAGAGAGAGAAUUCUGUGGACAAUCAGCCAGAUCGGGCUAGCAUUGACGAUCGGUCCAGCAACAAAAAUUACGACGAGGAUGUAGAAAGCCGAAUGAUUCCAGUAGAUCGUCCAAGUCACAAGGGAAGCAUUCGGGAUAACACACCUGACUCAAUUCUUAGGCUGAACAUUGGUGGAAGUAGCUAUCGCAUUCGGACGAGAUCCAUUAUUAAGUUCGGACCAAAGACACUUCUCGGUCGCUUUGUCCGCAUGAACCAUGAGCACCGUCGUCAAUGGGCUGAUUGGUAUUUCGAAGAACAAGACGAGUAUUUCUUUGAACGAGUUCCAAGAUACUUUGACCCGAUUUAUGAUUUCUAUGCAACCGGAAAACUUCAUGUACCAAAAGAUUUAUGCUUCGACAAAUUUAUGGCCGAGCUCCGUUUCUGGGCGGUUUCCAAAUCCAGAAUGGACGAGUGCUGCUCACCAUUCACACAGUACUGUGUCACUAUGGGAGGGGAUCCCAAGUGUACGGAAAAGGAUCACUUCAUUGGUGUUAGAUGUGCAAAUAUUCGUCGUAGAUUAUGGCUGAUCCUGGAGGGUCAUUCACAAAGUAAAUGGUGGAAGGCCUUCGAAAUAAUCUCCACCGCCUUCGUGGUUCUUUCGAUCUCCGCACUGAUUCUCGGCUCCAUUCCCGAGUUCCAAGUGCCUCAAAAAAGUGAGGAUGGUCAACUGGUCUACGCAACAGCUACUUACCCAACAUAUCCAAAUGGCGGUGGAAUGACCAUCGAAAGUCGUACCGUUGUCAGAGAAGGAUCUGAUAACUCGACGGGUGAUUUGAUGGCUGAAGAAACUGUUCCGACGCCGAGAAAUACUGGCAAGAUUGAAAUGACCGAGCAUCCAGUGUUCACAUGGGUUGAAAACGUCUGUGUCAUCUAUUUCUCGAUUGAAUAUGCCAUGCGAUUUAUUGUUGCUCCAAGAAAGUUAGCGUUUGCUCGUCAAAUUCUGAACGUCAUCGAUCUGCUCUCUAUUGCCCCAUUCUACUUUGAGCUUCUUCUCUGGAUCUGUGGAAUCAGUGGUGAGAACGUUCGAAAGGUUCGUUGGGCGUUCCUGACAGUCCGUCUUCUUCGUGUACUUCGUGUCAUUAGAAUCGCCAAGCUAGGAAGAUUCUCACCGGGUCUCGCAAACUUUGCACUUACAAUUCGAAAAUCCAAGAAACAAAUGCAAAUGGUUGGUGUUGUGAUGAUGACUGUGAUUAUCUUCUUCUCAACUCUUAUCUACUUCCUGGAAAGAGAUGAGCCAGGAACCAAGUUCACGAGUAUUCCAGCAACGUUCUGGUGGUGCGUCGUGACUAUGGCAACCGUCGGAUACGGAGAUCUCGUGCCAGUUACAGUAGCUGGAAAACUCGUCGGAAGUGGAGCAAUCGUGUGCGGAGUUAUGGUUUUAGCCCUUCCAAUUACUAUUAUGGUCAACAAUUUCAUGCAAGUCGUGAAGCUUCGCGAGGAGGAAAUCGUGAAAAAAUACGCACAAGGAGACCAAGUUUAAUUGUUUUUUUUUCCAAAUCAUUUAAAAAUUUUUAUCAAAAAUCUACUUUUUAAUAUGCUUCAAGAUCUUUCUUUUUUUCAAUAUACUCCCCUUAAACCUUCUUAGUCCCGAUUUCGCUUGCUUGCCCCCCAUACUAUACCUGCCAUCCACCCGGUACCUUCAAAUCUCCUAGAUUUUUAUGUUGUUCUUCUAGUCAUACAAAAAUAAGUGUCCGCUGUAUAACUAGCACAAAUUCAAGAAUACAGUUGAUAACGAAAAUCUCAUUUAUCUUUUGGAAUCCUAUCAUGAUUUGCAAAUGAAUUAUAUAUAUAUAUAUUUUUGUGUGUUUUUGAAAAUUGAUUUUUUUUUAAAUUUUAUCCUGCUAAUUGUAAUCAAUAAAGUCAGUUUC